AUGGAACCAAAACGUCGCAACGGCCAGCUCCCCUCCUGCGAGCCGUGCAGGAAAUCGAAACUGGGGUGCGACCAUACGAGGCCGAUAUGUAACCGCUGCGUCCGCCGGGGUCGAACAGAGGAGUGCUUUUAUCACCCUUCCCCCCUCACAAAACCCCGCCAAAGCAAUGCAACAGCACAGAGCAAAAACCAUGAUAGCAUCCGCGACUUGUCUGUAUCCUCCACAGUCUCUGGAUCCUCAGCAGCGCAUCGCCCUUCUGCCCUCACAAAACCCCGCGGGAGCAAGGCAGCAGCGAUUCGAAAACCCAGGCAAAAACUAACCCAUGGUCCAAGCCAGAGCCAGAGCCCGAACGCAAACGUCAGCGUCAAUGCGAGUGUCUCCCCCGUCGGCAUUCACGCCGCGUCUGUGUCCGUAUCCGCAUCGGUCUCUGCGUCACCCCUGACGAUUGGCGAGUCCCAUGCAUGGGAGAAGCGACCAUUUGCCAACCCCGGCUUUCUGGGCCUGACUAGCUACUCCGACAACGUCACGGGGUAUGCUGCCGUCUUGGACCACGCGAUGCGGCCGCGAGACAGCGGGAGUUUCGCUUCGGGAUCGAUCGCAGCGGCGGUUGACUCGAGACAGGUGGAGCUGGGGGCGCAGGUGUUACUACUCUUGGAUCACUUGCCGCUGUUUGAGGAGCUUCUGGAGAAGCGGUUUGCUAUGUGGGAGGGAUGGAUCUUCAGCACGCAGAUGUUCCGGUGCAUAAUCGAGGUCCUCCGAGAUCUGUAUCGGGAUGCUACGGAGGGUAUGCAGGACAAGUACGCCUGUGUGCUGGAGCUGUCGAGGACUUUUUUCCGCAAUACAGCUACAGAAAUCCAGUUGCGGGCUUCGAUGAUGCUGUCGGAGUAUGUAGCGCUGAGUGCCGCUCGAUGGGACACCUAUGCGCUUCUCCUCUCUUCGAUCGGCUAUGCGAUCUAUCACGUUGCGCAUGAUGAUCCGAUCUUCCAGAGCGGAAACCUCCCUGGCAAGGAUAGAAAGGGGCUACGGCGGAUUGCGCUGGCAGCGAGCGAUAUUUGUCUACAGUUAUGUGAUAAAUUGGGAAUGAUCAGCGAUAGUCUUUGCUGCGCAAUACUUCAGCACUCGGUCUUGGUCCAUCACACGUAUGGCACGGGCGAUUACAGAACCUGGCAGAAACUCGGUGAUCUUACUACGAUUCUCUUUGCUCUGGGCCUUCAUCAGGCGGGAGACGACAAAAACAUUCCCUUUUUCCUGUCCGAGUCGCGGAAGAGGAUCAUGAUCGGGGCAUACGGCAUGGACAAAGACCUGGCGCUGUUCCUCGGUAGGCCGCCCCGGAUAUGCAAACAGUACUGCAAUAUCCAGUCGCCGCUGGACCUGACCUGGGAAGAGUUGAUCGCCGCUCCCACCGUGCGGCAGGCUGCACUGCAGAAGCUGGAUGCGCAAGGCUGGAAUACAGAGGGGAAACUGGGCAGCGGCGCAAGAGCACGUACCAUCCAUCUUGCCUGUUUGAUUCGAGAGGAUAUACUGGAGUUGUCAAUUGGCCAGGGACGCGACAAUGUGGAAGAACAUGCUGAGAGAGUCCUUAAGAGAGCACGCCAAUGGCGCUCUGAACUGCCCGCCUUCCUGCAAUGGGGCCCUGAGUCGACCAAUCCGGAGCUUGCAAGCUUGCAUCUGGAGUUUCUGCACCAGGACUUCCUAAUCUAUUCGACUCUUGUCAAACGAACAGGCAAGGGUCAUGAUGCACUGAUCAAAGUCUCUUUGGAGAUCAUCACUUGUUUACUUGACUUGGUGUCGAUACAGAUGCGAGCCCUCAAGAUUCACAUGUUGACGACCUACGAUCUUUGCUAUGUCGGCCUUCCUGCUGCAGGUGCCUUAGCGACCGAACUACUCCGACAUUCCCAGCCCACACUUGAGCCAGUGCUCUCUUCUGCACCGUUUCCUCGCUCGGAGAUCAUUCAGAAGCUGAGCGUCUUCAUCUCGCAUACAGACACCUUCAUCCAGCAACACGAGGGGGAUUAUGAGAUUGCGUUGCAAGGGCAGAUGCUCAUCAGACAAGUCCUCGAUCGUGUUUUAUCCCCAACGACAGAGCAAGCCUUUCCUGAUCCUUCCAUCAACGGAAUAACGAUAGGAGAUGACGUUGAUUUCAUGGCCUUACUGGAGAGUUUUGACUGGGAGCAGGAGAUCCGUCCCACGUUCAGCUGA